AUGGGUCGCGGAAUAAUCCGUCGAAGAGAUGAUGACGAUGAGGAUGACAAUGACCCCCUAUUUAUGGACCAGUUCAAUCCUCGGGCACGUCAAUACAGCCCCAAUGCAGUUUGGAGGUAUUAUUUCCUUGAGCACCGUCUUUCAGAGCUCGGGGAGUGGCGUAGGAGGUAUCAUCCUACCAACCCUCGUUGCGAUUAUUGUAUGAUUUUCAACCUCUUUUGCAAUGUCCCUCAGGGGUGUGCGCAAUGCCUGGCCGUCAAUCGUCCAUGUACCGGCGCUCCCACCCCUGCGGCGUUGGCUCACCCGCAACCAAAGCAGCACCACCUAUUCGGUCACCCUGUGAAACUCGACCAUGGUAUAUUCGACGAUAUUCCCAUCGACCCGCGUCUACUCGACGACCCUAAUUAUCAACCGCCACCACGACCGCAGCCGCCGCAGCCGCCGCAGCCGCAGCCGCAGCCGUACUCGCAACCAUGGACUCAAACGUUCGUGGGCCAGGGUUCCUCUUUUCCCGUAGUCCCUGGAGGGUCUCAAUCGUCGUAUCUCGGUGGUCUUGUGGGCACUGUAUUCGACCGCAACAGACCAGAUGCAAGUAGUUAUACUCUGCCACCCGCAGGAGGCUUUCAAGGAGGCUUUAACCAAAUGCCUGAUCCCGUACCGGGCCCUUCGUUCGCUCCUGUAUCGGGUCCUACACCUGGUUAUACUCCUGCUCCUGCUCCUAAUUCUAAUUUCUUUCCUGAUCUCAUCCCUAGUUAUAACCCAGCAGCGGACCCAGGUUAUUUUCCUCCCCCUCCUCCUGCUCCUGCUCCUGCUCAUUAUCAUCCCCCACAAUUCACUCAUAAUCCUGCCCCUCCCCCUAUUGCUGGCCCAUCAAACGUCAAUAGGGACGAUGAGUUCAUUACCCCUGAAAUACGAGCUAGGUUGCCAGCUGAUUGGGUAAAUGGCUGGCCGCCAGGCAUUCGUCCACCUCAAGUGGAUCGUGCUGGGAAUCCGAUUACCGAAUGCGACGCCUGUCGCUUAGAUCGUCCCGGCUACCCUUGCGAUGCUUGGUCAGGAGUGUCUCCGGGAGUUGGUUGCACUUACUGCAAGAAGGGUGAUCGAUCCUGUCGUUGGGGUGAUGUACGCCUAGCUCCGCGACCUGACGGCAUCACGGAGCCGUUAAGUUGUGAUCGAUGCGUGAGAACGGACAUCUUGGGCUGUUCCUGGCGAAAUAGACCAACUGGUGCCCCCUACGCGCCUUGUACAACCUGUGUGGCUGCUGGUGAGCCGUGUACCCACGGGUCUCAAGGAGAUAGGCCGGGCUUAAGACCCGAUCAACUUCUUGGUAGCGACCAUACUCACUUCACAGUCACCUGUUAUCUAGCUGGUAAUUUUUCAAGACGGCCAGCGGCAAGUAGGGAGCGACAGAGCAAUCAGGCGAGAUCGUUUAAUAUUGAAGGCCCGAGAGUUCGUAGCCCCGGGCAGAUUCGUACCAGGCCCGUGCCACCCGCCGGGUCUCAGCCGACCACGCCCACGUUUGACAAUACCACUAGGCGGCUUAACCUUUCCGGACGGCGAACCGACGGAGGCCAGCAAUGUAUGCUGUGCGCUAGUAGGGUUUCGCAAGGCCACACGCGUGCAAAUAGCCGGAGAUGUAACGCUGAUCCCUCGAUUCCUAGAGGGUGUGACCAAUGUAGCAGUUGGGGAGUGCAGUGUGUAGUAGACGGAGCAGCUCUCCCACCUACAGUACACCUUACCGCUGGUACUUUACGGGACCAGGCCCAUUAUUCUCACUGCGAAGCGUGCAAUCGAAACGGUAGACCGUGCGAUCGGAAACGACCAUGUGACUGCUGUGUAAUUUUUGGAGUAGCAUGUCGGGACAUAUCUGCUAGGGGGACAUUCCAUCGAGGAGUCCCGGGGGAUGACCAGCCCCUAUAUUACUUGAGAACCGGGUUCGGAGACGGUGGUGUCUAUACCCUGCCCCCUUCAAGAGGUAAUCGUCCUGCGCUGCCUAUGGACUACCAUCUCCAAUACCGGCCGUCAAACGGCCUUUCAGGAGUUGGUCUCGGUUAUGUGGAUGAAAACAGGCGGCCGCUCACGAUACCACAACCACCUCCUGGGCAGCAAGUGGACUACCCAAUUGUACCUUAUGUUCCUCAAGCAUUACCGCCGAACGUUCCAGUUGCUCCAGUUGCUCCAGAUGUUCCAGGUCAGCAGGGUUCGCCCUUUGCUGCCCCAGCACCGGCACCGGCACCGGCACCACAUACACCUAUUGCCCAACAGGGAGGCAUACCGAUUUAUUCGCCAUUGAAUGUUGCAAACCCGGUACAAGAAAGUCCUGGUUUUAACCCAGUCCCUUCACCAUCGAAUGACCCUUCACCAUAUCCGUCAUCCCCUCUUGAUCCAGCUCAGCCGAAUCCUUUCGACGAGUCGGUAUUUGACUUACCAUUUUCGCCGCCUAAUUGGGGUUCGCCAGUACCAGAACCCUCUGGCGAUCAGCAAAACCUACCGGAAUACCAAUCGCCAUCUAAUAUAUUUCAACAAUCUCCUGGCGAUCAGCAAAACCUACCGGAAUAUCAAUCGCCAUCUAAUAUAUUUCAAUCAUCUCCUGUCCCCGCACCGCCUAUGCCUGGACCACCCCUACAGCCCCCAAGUCCAGUGCAAUCUGCUGUUGCUGGACAUGAAAUGAGCGAAGAGGAGUAUCAGGUUAUGAUGUCUGCCUGGACAAAUUAUAAUGCGAUGGUAGACGAGCCGUCGCCCCAGACUGGAGGCGAUCCUCAACCGCAACCUGAUAAUCCUCAACAGCAGACAGGAGACCACUCUGCCCCGUCACCCGCGUCAUCUUCAGGGGACACUGAGUAUUUUAGUUUAUUCGGUUCGCCAGUGAACCAGCCGGCUUCAUUGCCCACGUGGGAUCCGCAACCUGCUUCGCCGCUUGCGUUACAACUGCCGGCUCCUAGUAGUCCUGAUGAUGUUAAUACAAAUGGUUUCCCAGGCGAGUUGGCGAAUUUCGAAUCAGAUGGUAGUUUAUGGGGUUCACCACAAAGCCAAGCUUCUUCUUCUCCGUCACCCGGGGGGACACAACAGACGACUCGGUUUUUUGCGCUGAGAGAAUCGGAUACUUCUUUUGGGGGGUUUACAAUCCCGCCUGAGUCGACCGCGCAGCCUACUAUACCCGGCCAGGCAGAGCUUGCGCUACCGCUGCCGCCGCUGCCGGGAAUAGAUAGACAGCAACAGGUCGAGUUGUGGACACGACUCAUAGCAGCGGAUAACGAUCAGCAGGAUGUGGCAGCACACAACGCCAUCACCGAUGGUCAGUUGAUCGACGAGCGACUUGGCGUAGUUGACUCGGCAGAGGAGUACGCGGCGCUCGGCCAGCCAUCCCAUGUUGCCGGGUAUGGCGUUGUUUGGCGUGCCGCACAGCGUCUGGUGAGAGACUAUUAUCAAAUAAUCGAUCUACAGACUAUAAGAAGACGAUUGAGGAUGGAAAUGCUUGCUAGGAUCCCUGCAGAACAGUCGCUCGUGGUUACUUUGUUGAAACAAUUCCUCGAAGGGCGGCACACAGCUGCUAUGCAGGCCCAUAUAGAGCAGGUUCCGGUAAACCUCAAUUACCCAAACCUACUUAUACAACAUGUGUCUCAGAUGAACCCGGGAAAUUGGCCCCUGAUAUAUAUCACGCCUGAGCCCAACCGCCGUCCAGCCUCUCCGGGCCCCAAUCGUCCCGUCUUCUACGACCUAGGUACAGACCCGGUGCUCAUAGAUGAGCCUGAGCCACGUCCCACUAAGGAAUCGGGCAUCAUCAACCGGGAGUUACUCGUACGACCGCGACCACCACAUCCGAAUCCGACGGCGCGCCCCGUGCUUGCCUAUAUGCCUUUUGACCGGAUGUUCCCAGGCGGAGCACUAACAGCUGAGAAGACAAUGGAGUGUCUGAUGCACAGGGACGGAGCGCCGUGCAGAAGGCCUACGAGACUCGUCUGCGAGGAUACACGGCACUCGGCGCCUCUCCCGGUAUGUCUCGAUUGCGAGAUGGAGUCCCGUAGGCGUUUUGCAUAUGGCAUAACAGUGCAAGUAGAACAGCUCCGCGCAUUCGCGUGUGCCGAAUGUCUCGACGGCCCCGCCGUUCUCGCCGCGACAUACAACCGGACCGGGCAACGUGUGUAUGCCCGGGGUCCCAACGCGAACGGUAUAGACCCGGCCUGUCCCUCGGCGAGUCUCGGGUUGUCCAACGUCGGCGGGUUCGUCGGUCGACUCGGCUACCUAAGCGGAUGUUUUUGCAUAACCAAGAUGCUCGGCCGCGUGUGCUGCACUCCUCACAGGCUGGAGUACCACAUCCAUAUGGAACGGAAUAUUCGCGCGAUGGAGGAAUAUCUCCAGCAGACGUACGGACGAACUUCGGUCUGUCCGUUCUGCAGAGUGCGGCCAGGCAUCGACGCCUACGAUUUCACGGGCCCUAAGGGCGGCGAGGGUAAGAAUAAGGUCUGGGUCUGCAAGGCGUGCCACGAUGUAGUUUACUACCCUGCCGGGGAGCCCGCGUCUGUGGGCAACUGGGAUGGGUUGAAAUACAUGUGCGGCGUGUUUCCUCCUGGUACGAGCUCAUCAAAUUCCUCGCCGGUGGCGGGACCUAGUGGAACGCAGUAA